UCUCACGUGUGUGUUUGGUUUUUAUGAACCAAACGCAUGAAAUAUUUUUUAGGUGGUGUUGACAUUUUGAAUUCAAUUCAGAACCUCUUGCAUUCUUCGGAUAUCAUGUUGAAUUGUGUUUCAGUGGAAUAUACAAUAAUAAUCCAGUAUAAUUUUAUUAGUGGGGUCUGAGGAUAGUGUGUACGCAGACCUUACCUCUACCCUGGGUAGAGAGGCUGUUUCCGAUAGACCCUCGGCUCCCCCCACCAAAAAUUCCCCACCUUGCUCUUGGGGUGAUUCGAACUCAUAACCUCUUGAUUGAAAGUAAAGGGUGCUCACGACUAUAGCAACUCAAUCUUUGUCUUCAUCUAAAUUUAUAAGAUAAAGUGCACUUUUAUUCAGUAUCCGAUUCAUAAUUUAUUUAUUAGACAAAAUAGACACUUUAAUUUAUUUAAUUAUGUAUUCAACGGGGCACCACCUUACCAUUCAACAGGAGAAGCAGCGGUCUCCCCACACAUUUCUGCGACUGCAUUGCUGCAGAAAGCAGCUGAGUUGGGUGCUACAAUGAGUAACAAAGCAAGUGCAUCUGUCUCUGCAUCAUCUCCUGCACACAGUACAGGCCCAGCUGCCAUUCUGAUGAGACAAUCACCCCACCAAACUCACGUGUCUGUUACUACUGAUUCUGCAGCAGCUGCAGGUAGCAAACAAAUUGAUCAGUUUGGACUCAAUUUGUCCGCACGUGAAUUUGAGCUGACAAAUAGUACUGGCCUUAUCAAUACCUUAGGCAAUUCAUACGGGAAUAAAGUUGCUGCAGCUACAGUACCAUCUUUUUCUUUUGCUAAUGCUGCUGGUUUUGAAGGGUCAACGUUUGUAGAUGCAUUUGGUGGCUUUGGUACUUUGAAUUCAAAGAAAGAUAAUGACUUCAACGGAACUACACUCUCAGAAACAACCAGUGGCAUUAAUGAGGAUAUUAUGACCAAGGAUUUCUUGGGUUUAAGACCUCUCUCUCACAACGAUAUUUUUAAUAUAGCUGGUCUAGUUAAUACUACUUCUAGUAGUGAACAUGAUCAGUUUCAAAAUCAUAAAACAUGGCAAAGUUAGCUUAGAAUAUUUUUAUUUAGUUUGCACUAAAUUGACUUCAAUCUAUUGCUUAUGGUUACCAUAUAAUGCAAGUGAUAUUUCACCCUUUCUCUUUCCGAA